ACCCAAAGAUCGAGUUUCCUUAACCAGAACCCCCACACGACACCGUUUCACCAAUUCACAUUCCUUCAUGUCUGCAAAUGCACCCCUAUUCCACAAAAAUCGGAACAACAACAAUAACAACAAUAAUAAUCACAAUCAUCAUUCAAUAAAACCACCGAUCACACCCCCAAUUCCCCAAUCUCACACCCACCCAAUUCCCCAAUCCCAAUCCCAUCAAUGAAAAACCCUAAUCUUGUCCAGUGAGACAGAGAGAGUCAUUGUCGAUGCACGAAUAUAAUAUUCUGGAUCUCAAUUGGUAUCUUCGAGUCGUCAUCACAGGGUUUGUGGUUGUUUGUGGGUUGAUUUACUCAGUCAAGACUGCUGCAAAGUACUUUUUGGUUGACGGAGAUUACGAUUCCAAUUCCAAUUCCAAUUCCAAUUCCAAUUCUCAAUCUUUCUCAGAGUCUGACAGGGGGGUCUCUCGUUCGUUGUCGUCCAUGAUGCCGGGGCUUGUUGCUGUUGGGGAUUCGUGUGCUGUUUGUGGGAGUUUGACCAGUAAACAUUGUGCCAGAUGUAAAGCGGUUCGAUAUUGCUCAGAAGCGUGUCAAAGAUCUCACUGGAAAUCUGGGCACAAGGAAAAAUGUGAAGAAUUUCGGCUGUCCCGCAGCUCAAGUUUGGAAGGAAGAAGAAACUCUACUGGUGUUGCACUAGUUCCCGGGGCUAGGAAUACUACACAGAUAAAAAAGAUCCUUUUUCCUUAUGACAAAUUUGUGGAGCUCUUUAACUGGAAGAAUCAAAGCUAUCCUCCUUGUGGGCUUCUGAAUUGUGGAAACAGCUGUUUUGCCAAUGUAGUUUUACAAUGUUUAGCAUACACUCGACCACUUGCUGCAUAUUUGCUUGAGAAAGGCCAUCGGAGGGGAUGCCGGCGAAACGAUUGGUGCUUCUUGUGUGAACUUCAAGCUCAUAUGGAAAGAGCGUGCCAAAGUAAUCACGCGUUCUCACCGAUUAAUAUUUUAUCACGAUUGCCUAAUAUUGGUGGAAAUCUCGGCUAUGGGAAACAAGAAGAUGCGCACGAAUUCAUGAGGUUUGUCAUUGACACUAUGCAAUCGGUUUGCCUUGAUGAAUAUGGCGGCGAACGAGCUGUGCAUCCUAGCGCUCAGGAGACGACUCUUAUUCAACAUAUUUUUGGGGGUCGCCUUCAGUCUCAGGUGAUCUGUACAAAAUGCAAUAAUGUCUCGAAUCAGUUUGAAAAUAUGAUGGAUUUGACUGUUGAAAUUCAAGGGGAUGCUGCAUCUCUUGAGGAAUGCUUAGAUAAAUAUACAGCCAAAGAAUGGCUUGAAGGCGAUAAUAAGUACAAAUGUGACGGAUGUAAUGACUAUGUCCUAGCAUGGAAACGACUAAAUAUUAACAUGGCUCCAAAUAUUCUCACCAUUGCGUUAAAAAGGUUUCAGAGUGGGAGGUUUGGGAAACUUAAUAAGAGGGUGACAUUCCCGGAAAGUUUAGAUCUCAGUCCUUACAUGAGUGAAGAUGCUGAUGGCAAUGAUAAAUACAAGUUAUAUGCGGUUGUUGUCCAUGUCGACAUGCUGAAUGCAUCAUAUUUUGGACAUUACAUUUGUUAUACUAAGGACUUUUCUGGCAAUUGGUACAGGAUUGAUGACUGCAAGGUUGAAUCAGUUGAGCUGGAUGAAGUGCUCUCACAGGGAGCUUAUAUGCUUCUGUAUAGCAGAGUUUCCGCCAGAGCUUCAUGCUUAAAUCCUAUCGAAGAAGCUUCUAAAAAAGAUGACCUUCAAACGCCAGACAUAUCCCAAGAAAAGAUGCCUAUUGUAACCCAAUCGGUUGACUGCUCGUUGACUUCCGAAUCACUUGAUGCCACUGAAAAAUGCAAAACUGUGAUGCAUGCUAACGACUCAUCAGCAAACAUCUCUACAUCUCAAAGUUCAUCAUCCAAUAGCGACAUGGACAUUGACACAGUAGAUUCACAGACCGGUUUUUCCGUUUCAAGGGAAAACGGAGAGUGUAGCAAUGAUCGUACAGUCGCCAUUGAAAACGAAACCGAAGCAACUGUCAGUGAGGAUAUCGAGGGUAAAAUGGGAAACUUAUCUUUUAGUUUGAGCAACGGUGGAGAAGCUAACGAUAUGGAUUCUAUAAAUCUUGAAUCUACACCCGAGAAACCACCCGUGAGGCCUGCUGUAGAAGAUGAAUCUGAAAAACCGUUAAAGACAAGCGUCUCUGGAGCAAAACUGAAGCCAUUGAUCUCGUCGGGUUUCCUCAGUAGACGACCUCGGAAGGUUAUGGUUAAAAAAGACGAAAAAGCCCUCGAAAGUGAAAAUGGAGGUUCGAAGAAUAACAAUAACGGUAUCCUGGAGUCAAAUACUGAAUCUAGGGUGGUUGUAAAUGGAGUUUAACAUAAUUUAAGUUCUAAUGAUAAUAUUAAGGUUCCUGUGUUUGAGAAAAUUUGGGAAUAUAGAAGUCUCAGGGGCAGGGGAUAAGUUAUGCUUUGGUUAAUAUAGCAGCAGCAGCAGCAGCAGCAGGAGGAGGAUAAAACAGUAAUUUGUUAGAUUUGAGGUACAUUUUUUUUUUUUGUUUUUUUUUAUAAUGAUUUGGUUUCAUUCUUAAAGGGUAUGUAAUGUAUGGUACAUCUCCAUUUAAACUGAAUAAGAACAGACUUCCUCUGCAUUUUCACUCCUUUUAUUUCUACCUUUAUAUUAUAUGUAUGGCCUCGAUGUCGUUUUGAUAA